AUGGACUCAAAAAGGGACCACUGCAACAAGACAGUGGAGAUCUACGAGGACGUAUCUUCGCCGCCGGUCACGUCAGAAAACUUCGGGCGGCCUCUUACUUGCACAUAUAGGUUUAGGGCAUUCCGGGGCUCCCCCAAAGACUGGAUACUGAGGAUAAGAUUCAAGAAAUUCAAAGUCGGCACUUUGAUCAAUGGGACUACGUGUCAUAAGGGCUACAUGCAGAUAGUAGACGGAAACGCCAAGACCGACGUGUCCAACAGGAAGGAGCCGGGGCUGUUCUGCGGCGAGAUCGAACAGCCUCAGACCUUCAUCUCGGAGACCAACUUCGUGAAGAUAGUCUUCCACGCCGAUAACUUCACCGACCAGACGUACUUUAGCUUUGACUCAAGAGCUGAACAACAAUUCGAAGUGUAUCUUCGGUACGGUCAACAUCCAGAGCUGUACCCUAACAGAAGAGGCGAGGUCGUGGCAGGGUCGUACUGUGAAAGAGUUUUCCGAGACUGUCGGCUACAAACGUGCUACGUACAGUCAGCUGCGUAUCCAGGAGUUUACCCCAGAAACCUCCACUGCAGAAACAAGACUCGCAGAGCGAGGGCGAUAAGCUCGAGGAACUCGGAGCGCAGCGCAUGCGAGCGGGCGGGCGAAGCGGAGCGCACGUCCGUACCGUGCGAGCGAUGCGAAGCGAAUGUCACUGUUAAAAUAUCUUGA